UAAGUAGUGUUGCUUAAGGAGGAUCUUGUGUAAAGUUCUGCUGAGAUGUCUUUGUUAAUUUACCAAAARGUCAAGAUUUUAAUUUUGCAGGAGGCCCUCAUGUCGAAGGACACGUUUCCGUUCACUUCUACCUCGCUGCGCUCCCUCAGACUGGAGCAGGACUUCCAAGAGUGGGAAGAUGCCCGGCGAGCUUUGGCUCACAGGAGAGCCAUGACCAGGUCCCCUCUGCCUCGGGCCCCUCGGCCUCCUCCKAGGCAGCAGAGGCUGCAGGAGGUCCAAGCCCCUCCACCUCAGGUCCGCUGCAGGGACACAGCCAUCCACAACACCUUCAUGUGUGGGGACAUGAAAGGAGUGUAUGCUGUGUUGAAGGACCCCGCCAUGGUCAACGCCCUGAUGGAGACGGUGCACGAAGAGAUGGUGUGGGCCCCAGAGAUGGGGCUGUGGACGCUGAGCUCCAGGGUGAAGCAGACCUCUGCCUUACGCCUGGCUGCCAGCAGGGGACACGCAGCCUGCGUGGAGGAGCUGCUGUUCCGUGGAGCCGAGGUCAACGCKGACCCCGGGGGCAACGCGGCCCUCCACGACGCCUGCAGGGGAGGCCACUCUGUUUGUGUCCAGCUGCUGCUGUCCCACGGAGCAGAUCCUGGACUGCUGGCAGAGGACGGCAGCGCUCCUCUUCACCUCUGCUCCUCCGUGCAGUCCCUCCACUGCGCCCAGCUGCUUUUGGAAGGAGGCGCAGACGUCAACGUGAGGAGCAGGGAGUCCAGGCUCACCCCACUGCACGUGGCCGCCCGCCGAGGCCUGGAGGAGCACGUGGACCUCUUCCUCCUCCACGGAGCAGACGUUUUAGCCACCAAUCAAGAAGGAGAGACUCCUCUGAACGCCGCCUGCUCCGGAGCGGAGAGGCCGUCCGAGGCGGGGCGGUACCUCCGUGUGGUCCAGAAGCUGCUGGAUGCAGGAGCUGACCCCCGGACUGCAGGCAGGAAGCAGCACACCCCGCUGCACAACGCCUGCGCCAACUGCUGCCCCCGCAUCGUGGAGGUCCUCCUGCAGCACGGAGCCAAGGCCGAGGAGGUGKACUCUGCAGGAUUCACACCUCUGGACUGUUUGAUGCAGGUGGUGGAAGAUUACCCAAACCAACAACCUGAGGAUGUAGCCCGAUCCCUGCUGAACCACGGAGCCAAAGCUGUUCCACCAAAGAUGCUGAAGCUCUGCGCCGUCUGUCCUGCCGUCCUGGAGGUGAUGCUGAACUCAUCCCGCUCCCUCCCUGCCUGUGACUGGAUGGCCUCUCUGCCAGCUGAGGAGGAGGACCGGCCGUUCCUGGAGCUGCUGCGUCAGAGGAGCGGCUCGCCUCGCUCUCUGCAGCACCUCUGUCGAUGCGCUCUACGUCAUCAGUUAGGAGCUCGAUGUCACUCAGUCGUCAUGAAACUGGACGUUCCCACCUCUGACCGGAGGACACAGAUGGCGGUCUGUGCGCUGACCAUGUUGGAUGGAAUGGGGAGCGAGGUGGCGGCGGCGGCCGGCGUCCUGCUCCUGGUCGUCGCCCUCAUCCUGGCUUGGCUCUCGACCCACGUGGCGGACCGGGGAGACCACAUUCUGGGCACCAUCCUCACCGUGGGCGCUCACGCCUCGCUCAUCGGCCUGGGGGGCCACGACGGCUACGGCGGAGGGUCCGCCAGCGCUGACGCCCCGGAGCAGCAGACCGCCCCGCCAUCGCAGGACAACAAACCGGAUGAAGGCGAGCCUGCGGCUGAAAGAGGAGAGGGUGAGGGGGCGGAGGAGGGGGCUGAGGGGGUGUGGACUGAUCUGAUGCUGGACAUUCAGAGCAAGAACCCUCAGACUGGGAGGAUGAAUGCUUCUGAUGAAGAGGACGAUGAACUGGAUGAUGACGAGGAMGAGGAGGAGGAGUUAAGGCAGCUUGAGAAGAAGCCUAAACCUGUUUUCACCUCCACUGCUGCUACCUCCAUCUCUGUCCGGCUGAAGUUUCUAAACGACACAGAGGAGGUGGCUGUCGUGGAACCUCAGGACACCGUUGGGAUUCUGAAAAGCAAAUGCUUCUCGGGUCGGGAGCAUCAGGUUAAAUUAAUCUAUCGAGGCCAGCUGCUGCAGGACCCAAAGAGGACUCUGUUUUCCCUGAACAUCACCGACAACAGCGUGGUCCACUGCCACGUCACCCCGGCCGCGCAGGAGGCCGACCCGGAGGAGGGGGCUCAGCCGGGGGCGGGCGCGAGCUCCGGGGCGUUGAGGGCCGUGAGUGUGGCCAUCAGCACCAGCAGCCUGGUGGUCCCCGUGUUCGUGGUGGUCCUGGCCGUGGUGUGGUACUUCCGCAUCAACUACAGGCAGUUCUUCACCGCCCCCGCCACCAUCUCCCUGGUGGGAGUCACUGUGUUCUUCAGCUUCCUGAUCUUCGGGAUGCACGGCCGCUGAGACGACGCCUCUCGCGCCCGCGCAUGAAUGUGAAAUUUAAAAAAAAAAAAAAAAGACGGAGCGACGAGGAAACGGCUCGCUGCUGCAGCUGAUGUGGAGGUGGGCCCGUCUGUGCAUGUACCGAGAAAAAAAAAAAGAUUGUAUUCUCUAUAAACGCAGCGAGCAUUUAGUGUCUCUUAAAACACGACUAAGUGGUGACCACCAUGUUUAAACACUUCAUGUUUGAUCUUUUAUUGUGAAAAACCUCAGCUGUUUCUCAGACAUUAUUCUCUCUUUUUUUUCCUCAUUUUUAAAAACAGUGAACUCUUAAAAAUUAAAUCCACUGUUGGACUCAUAUAUAAAAAUAUACAAACGCCUGAGUGCAA